AUGGUGGAGGAUUUCGAACACAAUACCGAAGGCUCAAAUCAAAUUGACAACAUGGCAGCUCCGGUAGCUGAUGUUGAAACCGAGGCUGCGACUGAAGUCGGCACCCUGGAUAUGCCGGAGGCCGUUGCACAUUCAACUGAGUCCGAGCAUCAGUCCACAUCAACGCCAGAAAUGUCGCCUGAACCUUCGCAGGAGAGCGAGGUUGAACGUACAAGCGAGCCGGCGGUGACUGCAUCGGAUGUUUCAGCUGAAGCACCUAAUGCUGGUGACGAUCAGCCUCAGUCAGCUGACUCUGGCGACGAACCUUCACCAGUUGUGUCUGAAAGGGAAGAGCCACCUGUAAUGCCCGGUGUGGACGCAUCCGAACCUGUACACGAUGCGGAUGUAGAUGUUGAAGAGUCACAUGAUCAGGAGGCAAUGGAGGUGGAACCUUCAUCAGAAAUAGUCGGUGAGGCUGACAUGGACAACCGCGACGUCGAGGAUAUGGAACCCUCACCCGAAAGCGUAAAUGAGAUGGAAAUCGACGAAUCAUAUGGCCAAGAAGUCGUUAGUGAAUCCGUACGGUCAUUGAGUGUUACGGAAAUCGAAAUUGCAGAUAAUGAAGGCAUAGAUGAGGAACCUGAAUCUACACGCAUCGCCGAACAGGAAAUGGCUGUAGAUGAUGAGGUGCAACCAUCUGUUACCGAAAUUGAAGAGCUCGAUGAUCAAUCGAUCAUGGAUGAGCCAGUGCAAUCAUCGCGCACUGUCGAAGUUGAGGAGGCGAAUGACCACCCGGACGUGGAUGAAUCGAUAUCACCAUCACACGUCACCGAAGUUGAAGAUGUAGACAGCCAAGACGCUGUGAUUGAUGAGUCUCAUGCACCAAGUGCCGAAGAUAUUGAAGAAGCCCAUGGUCAGGAAGCGGUGGAUAUGCAACCCACAUUAGAACCUGUUGCUGAUGUUGAGGAGCCGUAUGAUCAAGCAGUUGAUGAGCCUCAAUCGUCGCGUAUGGCUGAACAUGAAGCUGUGGACGAUCCAGAUGUUGUUGAUGAACCUCAAUCUGCACGUGUUGCUGAGGUUGAAGAGACAUACGAGCAAGACCGUGUGGAUGAUUUAGAACAAUCGGAGCAUAUGGUUGAAGAUGAAGAGGGCAUGGAUGAUGCGGUGGAAUCUUCUCGUGCUGCUGAAAUUGAAGACGUGGAUGAGGAUUCCCAAGUAUCACAUGUUGUUGAAGUCGAAGAUUUAGAUGACCAGGACUCAAUGAAUGAGGAUCCCCAACCGUCAGAGCGCGUAGACGAUAUGGAGAUCGAAGAGUCUUAUGGCCAAGAGACCAUGGACGAAGCGAUGCCAUCGUCCGAGCGCAUAGAUGAGAUUGUGUUUGAAGCGGGUAAUCAGGCACCAAGUGUUGAUAUGGAGCCAUCACAAGAAGAUUUGUGUGAGGUUGACGUAGAUAACCAACCGAUUGUGGAUGAAUCACCGCAAUCAUCACCACGUGUACACGAGAUGGAGGUGGAAGAGCCCGAUGAGCAAGAACCUGUAGAUAUGGAAAAUCCUUCGGAAUCCGUAGAAGAGGUCCGGUUUACAUCAAUUCUUCAUGCUCCUACUGUGAUCAUGGAAGACGUGUCGGGAACUCUUGACGACACGCAAUUUGACGCGCCUCACCAUGCGCCGACUGUGGUUAUGGUAGACUCCUCCGAAGAGGCAGAUGACAUCCAGUGUGAUGCAGUCCGCCAUACGCCUACCGUGAUUAUGGAAGAUUUGUCAGCGCCUGUAGAGGACAUGGAAGUAGAAGACUCGUAUGACCAGGAUGUUGCAGACGUGGAGCCAGAAACAUCACUUGUAGAGGAGAUGAAGGUCGAUGCCAACUCCAAUGAAAAUGGCGUGACAGCAGAAGCGUUACGAGACAUGGAACAGCAGAUGACGGAAAGAAGUCGUGAUGUUGCGCUAUUAGAGCAGAAGUUAGCUGAAAAGGAGCGUAACUGCGUCAUGCUAGAGCAGCAGCUGGUUCAGGCAAACCAACAGGUAGAAACCUGCUACUACCAGUUGGAAGAGAGCGGAGAGCGUCUGAAAAAAUACGCCUCCGAAGUAGCGGCUUUGAAGGCUGAAAAUGAUCGCCUCGGAGGUGAGGUGGAUAAAAUGAAGUUGGAUGCCGAACGUUUGGAGCUGUUGGAAACCGAGAAGCGUAACCUGAGCGAGAUGGCGGCCACGUUGACACGUGAUAUGGAGGCAAAACAGAAGGAAGCCGCGUUGUCUUUGGAAUCCAAUAAGGCUCUGGAGGAGCGCGUGAAGGCAUUGGAGGGCGACAACUCCACCCUCAAGGGGCAGCUGCAGUCCAUGGAGAGCGAGUGCCAGGCGCACAAGCUGAAAUCCACCGAAAUUUAUGCGAUGUACCAGCAGCUGCAGAAGGAAAACGUGAGCAUGGUGGAACAACUUAAACAGCGAAGCAUUAGCGCAACGGCAAGCGUGUCGGCGGAUACUGCCGCGGCUAAUUAUAGAGAGCUGGCCGGCGAACUCGAACGGGCCUCGCAGCGUUGCAAAGAGCAAGAAGCGCUGCUUAAAUCAAAGGAUGCUGAGAUGCAGAAAAUGAAGCAACAAAUGCAGGUGAUGAAACGUGAACGCCGCGAAGUUGCUACCCAUGUCUCGGAUAACGAGAGCACAGCGGCGUCUGAGUCCGAAGUGCGGCGCCUGAACGAGGAGUAUCGCAUGAUGAAAAUGAGCAACGCCGGCCUGGUGAGUGAAGUGGCGUCGCUAAAGGCUCUGGUAGCGGAGAAGACGUCCCGCAUUGACAACCUCAACUGCGAAGUGUUGGCCUUACGCCACCCCCCAGAGCCAAGGCACAAGGGCGAAUUGGACUUGGAAGAUUACAUGAGCAGCCGUCGCAUGGGUUUCUCAUCAAAUGCAUCGUCGAUGCGGCGUAGAGGUCUGGGCGGACUCUUGGAUGCGUUCUUCAUGCCGUUGGAGCGCCCGAGCAUUCGCAUAUUGUUCUUUCUGUACCUCAUAGCGCUGCACGUAGCAAUCGUGGUCCUCGCAACCAAGUAA